AUGCCACGUUACUGUACAGUAAAAUUUAGUCAAAAUCGAGGAGGGACUUCUUCAAGACAGGACAACAGGAAAAUUAGCUUUUACCAGUUUCCUUUGCAAGAUAAGCCCAGACUCCAAAAAUGGGUAGACAACAUGAGGCACGAGGACUGGACCCCGAGUCGACACCAGUAUCUGUGCAGCGAGCAUUUUACAGAGAGUUGUGUUGAUAUUAGAUUGGGCAUCAGUUAUCUGAAGAAUACAGCUGUUCCCACUAUUUUCCCUGCAGUUGAUGAUGAUGGUGAGAAAAAAAGUCUCUCGGGUAAAAGAAGCCCUGUUGCCACACCCAGCAUUUCAGAGACGGACACUGAGCUCAAAGGACUUGAGUCUGUCCCCUGUAAGGAGCCACCUAUUUUGAGGACGACUGGUCGUACGCUGGGCCCUUUCCUAAAAAAAGAUGCACAUGUGGAGGCAGCUGCCCUCCAAGGAGCACUGGGACAGACUUCUCACAUUUCCCCUGUGCAAACAAUGCCCCUCGGUUGUUUUCUGUAUGGGAGGGGACCUGGUGAGAAAGAGCACAUUUCUGUUGAUGAGCACUCGCACUGUAGAGCAGACACUGAUAGAGAUCGGCUGUGGAAUAAAGUCUUAACCCUUCAUGCAAAGAUAUUGGAGCUGGAUCGCAGGGAGGAGAGCACGGUAGCUAAAAUCCAAACCCUGGAGAACUAA